AUGGAAGUCUACGUGGACGAUCUGUUGGUUAAAAGCAAGAAGGCCGAACAACAUCUUGCCGACCUCCGUGAAACUUGUGCAAUGCUGAGGGAGUAUAAAAUGAAGCUUAACCCACAUAAAUGUGCCUUUGGGGUAGAAUCAGGGAAGUUCCUGGGCUUCAUGGUUUCAGAUCAAGGAAUCAAGGCUAAUCCUGAGAAGAUCAGAGCCAUCAUGGAUAUGCCACCACCGAGGAGCAUUAACGAAGUUCAGAAGUUAACAGGGAGGGCAGCCGCCCUGGGCCGUUUCAUCGCCAGAUCAAUCGACCGGUGCCUUCCUUUCUUCAGUGUCCUCCGAAAGGCACGGGAAUGGGAUGAAGACUGUGGUAGAGCUUUUAACGAACUGAAGGAAUACCUAGGUCACCCGUCGCUGCUCAGUCAAACUACACCAGGAGCAAACCUGACCGUGUAUCUGGCAGUGUCACCCAGUGCAGUGUCUUCUGUGUUAACCCAAAUAGAGGUAGGAAUUCAACGCCCAGUUUAUUACGUUAACAGAGCUUUUCGAGGUGCAGAAGCCAGGUAUCCCCGGACAGAAAUGCUUGCUUUCGCGUUGGUAGUCACUGCUAGGAGGCUAAGGCCCCACUUUCAGGCCCAUCCCAUAAAGGUCCAGACCGAUGUACCUCUGAGGAAGAUACUGCAAAAACCCGACAUCUCAAGCCGAAUGACUAGCUGGGCAAUUGAAUUGAGCGAGUUCGAAAUUGAAUACCUCCCUCGGACGACAAUAGAAGGACAAGUGCUAGCAGACUUUGUAGCUGAGUUCACGAACUUCCCAGAAGAAGUGAUUAGCGGCGGCGCUGGAGUGCACAUAGUGACAGACUUAGGUGAGAGGUUUGAUUACGCUCUCAAACUCAAGUUCAAGGUCACCAACAACGAGGCAGAAUAUGAGGCACUCAUGUCUGGACUAAGGCUAGCCAGGUCCCUUGGCACAACUGAAGUCGAAGUAAAAGCCAACUCACAGAUAGUGGAAGCGGAUCGACUAGCUAAGGCCGCUUCAGGGCAAGAAGAUGUCCCGCUUCCGGACCACGUGGUCGCCCAAAUUGUCGAUAUAGCUGCGGUGGGGAUUCGGGUGUCAACUAUCGAGGUCCUACAGCCCCCGGGAUGGGCCACGGAUAUUUUGAGGUUUCUUCAAGAGGGAAUAAUCCACAAUGAUCGGGAAGAAGCCGGAAAGGUUAGGAAUCGGGCAGCUAGAUUUACGCUGGUAGAGGGGAUCCUAUAUAAAAGGGGCUACACCGAGCCUCUGUUUAGGUGCAUUUCUUCCGAUCAGGCUCAGUACAUGUUGGCGAAAAUCCACAAAGGAGUUUCCGGCAAUCAUGUGGCCAGGAGAACAUUGGCGUUACGAACUGCUCGGGCAAGGUACUACUGGCCUAAUGCUCACAAGGAUGCCGAGGAGUUUGCCCGAAAGUGUCUUAAAUGCCAAGAAAACGCCCCUAUACCUCAUUGCCCACCUGCAGAGCUUACCUCAGUCAACACCUCGUGGCCCUUUGCCCAAUGA